AUGGUUUAUAAUUACAAGCUUAUAAUUAACUGGAAUUGUAAAGAGUUUGAGCAUGGCAAACUGACAGACUGUCGGUGUUUGGGUUUAGAACUGGAAGCUUUGAAGCAGCGUUUCUGGAAACAUGCCAAUCCUGCAGCCAAACCCAGGGCUGGUCAGACGGUGAAUGUGAACAUCAUAGUGAAAGAUGUGGGCACGGAGGGAAAGGAAGAGCUAAAGGCAGAUGUGGUACCUGUGACCUUGGCAGCUGAGAAGCUGGAUGGAGCAAGCUACACAAAACCAGGUGAAAAGCUUCAGGUGUUGAAAGCUAAGCUUCAAGAGGCAAUGAAACUCCGAAGGUUUGAAGAGCGCCAAAAGCGCCAAGCAUUAUUUAAAUUAGAUAAUGAAGAUGGGUUUGAGGACGAGGAGGAGGAGGAGGAGGAAGAAAUGACAGAUGAGUCUGAGGAAGAUGGAGAAGAGGAGACAGAAGAAGCAGGAGAAGAAAAAGAGAAAGAAGAGGAAGAAUUAGAGGAAGAGGAGGAGAAAGAAGAGGAAGAGGAGAAAGAAGAGGAAGAGGAGGAAGAAGGCAAUGAGGAGAUUGAAGAAUUUCUUCUUAGUAAUGAAGAAAUAGAAACCAAAGAUGAGAAAGAAAUGGAUAAAGAAAAUAAUGAGGGCAGUAGUGAAAUUGAUAAAGCAGUUGGCCUUCUCUCUGAUCCCAAGCCCCUCUCAUCAGAUUCUACCUUACUCCUAUUUAAGGACAGCUCUUUAAAGAUGGGUUACUUUCCUUCUGAAGAAAAAUCAGAAACAGAUGAAAGCUCAAGCAAACAGCCUAGCAAACUAGAGGAAGAUGAUUCAUGUUCAUUGCUGACAAAGGAGAGCAGCCACAAUAGCAGCUUUGAGCUGAUUGGCUCCACCAUUCCAUCCUAUCAGCCUUGCAACAGACAAACAGGCCGAGGAACCAGCUUUUUUCCUGCAGGAGGAUUCCGAUCUCCUUCCCCUGGGUUAUUUCGGUCUAGUUUGGUCAGCUCAGCUUCUAAGAGUUCAGGGAAGCUGUCUGAGCCUUCACUUCCCAUUGAAGAUUCCCAGGAUCUGUAUAACGCCUCCCCAGAGCCUAAGACACUUUUCCUAGGAGCAGGAGACUUCCAGUUCUGUUUAGAAGAUGACACUCAGAGCCAACUGUUGGAUGCAGAUGGGUUCUUAAAUGUUAGGAACCACAGGAAUCAGUACCAAGCCUUGAAACCUCGGUUGCCAUUGGCCAGUAUGGAUGAGAAUGCCAUGGAUGCCAACAUGGAUGAGCUGUUGGAUUUGUGUACUGGGAAGUUUACAACUCAGACUGAAAAACAUCUGUCCACAAAGAGUGACAAGAAAGAGAACAUGGAGGAACUCCUGAAUCUCUGUUCAGGAAAAUUCACUUCUCAGGAUCCCUCCAGCUUGGCUCCAUCAGAGUUCAACAAGCAGGAAAAGGAGAGCAGUAUGGGUGAUCCAAUGGAGGAAGCACUUGCUCUUUGCUCAGGCUCUUUCCCGACAGACAGGGAAGAAGAAGAAGGUGAAGAGGAAGAAUUAGGGGACUUUCAGCUCGUCCCAAAUGAUAAUGAAUUUGAUAGUGAUGAGGAUGAACAGAGUGACUCUGGUGACGAAGAUCUGGCCCUGGAGGACCAUGAAGAUGAUGAUGAAGAAGAACUCUUGAAGCAAUCUGAGAAGCUGAAAAGGCAAAUGAGAUUAAAGAAAUACCUGGAGGACGAGGCAGAGGUGUCAGGAAGUGACGUGGGAAGUGAAGACGAGUAUGAUGGGGAAGAAAUUGAUGAAUAUGAAGAGGACGUAAUUGAUGAAGUACUUCCUUCUGAUGAGGAGCUGCAGAGUCAAAUCAAGAAAAUACACAUGAAAACCAUGUUGGAUGAUGAUAAGCGACAGCUACGUUUAUACCAAGAGCGGUACCUCGCUGAUGGUGAUCUGCAUAGCGACGGGCCUGGGCGAAUGAGGAAAUUCCGAUGGAAAAACAUAGAUGAUGCUUCCCAGAUGGACCUGUUCCACAGAGACUCUGAUGAUGAUCAGAUUGAAGAACAGCUUGACGAGACAGAAGCCAGAUGGAGGAAGGAGCGAAUUGAACGAGAGCAGUGGCUUCGGGACCAGGCACAGCAGGGGAAAAUUACAACUGAAGAAGAGGAAGAAAUUGGAGAAGACAGUCAGUUUAUGAUGCUAGCCAAGAAGGUUACAGCCAAAGCACUGCAGAAGAAUGCCAAUCGUCCUGUGGUUAUUCAGGAAUCAAAGUCUCUUCUCAGAAACCCUUUUGAAGCCAUCACAGCAGGAAGCGCUCACCAGCGGAAGACAGGGUCCCUGCUAAACCAGCCCAAAGCUGUGCUUCAGAAACUGGCUGCCCUCUCCGACCUCAACCCCAGUGCCCCGCGAAAUUCAAGAAACUUUGUUUUUCAUACACUUUCUCCCGUCAAAGCUGAGGCAAAGGAGUCCUCUAAACCUCAGGUGAGGAAAAGGGGUCCAGCUUUGAUGACAUCGCCUUCACCUAAACGCCUCAAAACAGAUGACAGCACUUCAGGACCAAAGCGGAGCAUCUUCAAAUACUUGGAAAGCUAACAGCGUCGGGGGCGCCAGCUUCCUUGUUGAGACUGCUUUGAGAAGGUUCUGGAACUGAAGGUUGGAAUCUGUGCUCUCACUGCUGAUCUCGCCUUCCUUCCCACCCAGUGUGUUGAGAUUAUCGACAGAGAUCCCAGUUCUUUCUACUGCACAGCUCUGAUCCUUUCCCAACAGUAGCUCCUGGAUUGGCUACCAAUUUCAAUUCCACAAUGGAUGGAUUACUUGAGUGAAGUGAAGUCUCUCUUCCUCCAUUAAACAUUUGACAUUUUAUCCUAACAACUCCCGGGGGUAAUAAUACCUCUUUGUGAUGGAGCUGUUUGGAGGAGGAGGAAGAAGGAAAACUGUGGCGUUAUAGAAAGCAGUGAAAGUCAGAACCAGAAUGACUCCAAACCCAUAAGACCCCUACCACGGAACCAGGACUCUUGACAGAGGAACUUCUCAGAUGAAAGACUAGGAACCAGCAGGUGGGCUAUUAAGUAGUCUGGCCCCUUCCAUUUGCCUGUAUGCUUCUUCCCAAGGCAGCUGCAACUUUGUAGUUAACUCUUGCUACCUUUUUAACAAGGACUUUAACUGGGAACCAAGUCAGAAAGACCUUGGCCCAAAUUUUCUGGAGUGUGGGGAUGAACAUAAAGGAUCACACCUUGUGUCUGUCCACAUGGGAUGGUCCGUUGGGCAGAGACCUUUCCUGGGACUAAAUUUUGAAACACUUGCUCAAAGCCUUCCCUCCUCCAGCUCAUAAGAAGAAAUACAGCCAUUAUUUAUUGUGUUCUCUUAGAUUGAGCAUGUUGCCCUGACCAAUCAGACGACAUGUCAAUAUUUCAUUACUGAUUUUGAGAGAAGACCACCAUGGAGUUUAAUAAAAAUACUGUUGAAGAUCAUUACCAUUGCUCCCCAUUUUCCCUGACUACCAAGGAGCUCUCAGAACUUUAGGCAAAUUCUUCUUUCCCAGAACUGAGCAUCAGAAAACUUUCCAUGUGGAUGCUGGAUUUUUGAUGUCAAGACAUUGGGGGAUGAGGAAUUCCACGGAAAUGAGGGUGUAGAUUUUCUGCGAUUUUUUUUCUGAUACGCAAGAUGCGGACUUUGACAGAACUCAUGGUUGUAUAUUUGUAAUCUUGUAACGGGGAUUAUGUGUAUAAAGAUGUUUUAAUAAGUAUGUAGUUUUUUCAAUAAAUAUCCAUGGCUUGAAGGCA